UCAUGUGAUUACAGUCACGUGACGGGAAACGAUUCACUUGCAGGGUCACAACAAACAGUGAAAUUUCCCGUCUAAAAUACAGCCGCAUGAAGUUUCCCUGUAGUACCGCUGUGUGUACCGUAAGUGGAGUUUAAUGGUGGGUUAACCUGUAACCAUGCUGCUCCUACUUCUCUUCGCCGGCGCUUUUGUUUCCCAAACGGCGGCUCGCUACACCGCUAACUGGACGAGUUUGGACGCCAGACCGCUGCCUUCAUGGUACGACGAGGCCAAGCUGGGGAUUUUUAUCCACUGGGGCGUGUUUUCCGUCCCCGGCUUUGACAGCGAGUGGUUUUGGUGGCACUGGCAGGGCCAACAGCCUCCCGACCAGAAGUGUGUGAACUACAUGUCCAAGAACUACCCCCCCGGGUUCAGCUAUCCGGAGUUUGCGCCCCAGUUCCACGCUCAGUUCUUCAACCCGGGGGAGUGGGCGGAUAUAUUCAAGGCCUCUGGUGCAAAAUAUGUCGUCCUGACUGCCAAACAUCACGAGGGAUUUACUAACUGGGGGUCUCCAAACUCUUGGAACUGGAAUUCUGUUGAUACAGGUCCUCACAGGGACCUAGUGGGAGACCUGGGAGAGGCAGUUCGCAACAGGUCUUUGCACUAUGGACUCUACAACUCCUUGUAUGAGUGGUUCCACCCUCUCUACCUGACUGACAAGAAGAAUGGAUUUAAGACACAGACGUUUGUGAUGCAUAAACUUCUACCAGAGCUUUAUAACAUGGUUGUAAGGUACAGACCUGAGGUGAUCUGGUCUGAUGGGGACUGGGAAGCACCUGAUACCUACUGGAACUCCACCCAGUUCCUGGCCUGGCUCUACAAUGACAGCCCCGUUAAAGAUACCGUCGUGACCAAUGACAGAUGGGGAGCUGGCUGUGCCUGUAAACACGGUGGCUACUACAACUGUGAAGACAAGUACACUCCAGGCCAGCUGCCCAAGCACAAAUGGGAGAAGUGCACAUCUGUGGACACGUUUUCCUGGGGAUACCGGCGGAACAUGAAGAUGAAUGAAUUGAUGAACUUAGCCACCAUCAUAGAGGAUCUGGUUCGCACUGUGGCCCUGGGAGGUAACUACCUUCUGAAUGUGGGUCCCACACCUGAUGGGAUGAUCCCUCCUGUGUUUGAGGAGAGGCUCAGGGGUGUCGGAACCUGGUUAGAGAUCAACGGGGAGGCCAUCUAUGCCUCUAAUCCCUGGAGGGUCCAAACAGAGAACACCACUGUGCCAAUCUGGUAUACAUCUAAAGGGACCACUGUGUAUGCCAUCGUGACAGCCAAACCAUCUACACCCACAGUGCAGCUGUUGGAACCCAAAACAUCAGCAUCCACCAAGGUGACUUUAUUGGGGAAUUCAAAGCCCUUACCCUGGUCCCCAGUCUACCCUAAAGCUGGCCUUAUUGUCCUCCUGCCCGAGCUGCCUUACACCCCAGGUCAGGCGUGGACACUGAAACUGGACGGCAUCCAGUGAGCAUAAACACCUGAAGUCAUUAAUUUCAUAAACUCAGUUCAUAAACCCAGGUUUUCAUUAUGUAAGAUAAGAGGAAACUUAUGCACUAUAGUUAAAGGGACAACGCUUUGUAUUUUUGCCAAAAAAAUGAAACAAUAGAACACUCCUCUUCAAUGAUUCCUUUGUUGCUCUGACGUUAAAUGUGUCACUGCCUCUUGAUUAUGUUCUUUUUUGAUUGAAUCUGAAUGAAAAACUGAAUCUGCUGUUCGGCUUGUGAAACUCUCCUGGCAGCUGUCUAAUUGCUGUUUCAGCUUAGUGUGGUUUGUAUGAAAAUGAACAUUUUUACCUAUAAAGCACUUUUUUAUUUUUCUACUGUACGCUUCUAAAAUGGUGGGAUGAAACAUUACUUGAUUAGUCUGAUGAAGAACUGAUUUCAUAUAUAAAGAUAUAUUAAAACACCACUUUCUUCAACUGUU